CAACAAGCUGAAAAACAUAAAACAAGCUUUCUUACUAUUAUCUCAAACAUUUUUCCAUUCAAUUCACAAAACCAGAAAAUCAAAGAGCUCAAAAGAUCAAAUCUUUUUCCUCUCACUGUACGAAUAAAAUCCAAAAUUUUUUUCCUUUGAGCUCUUUUUUUCAAGCCAACUUUGCUUUUUAAAUAAAAGAGCUUUGAGUAAAACUAAACCUUCAGACUUUUGCAGCUAAUUUUUUUCCCCUGUAAUUGUUUUUUUUUUUCUGGUAGUUUUUAUUUUUUCUGUGUUCAAAGCUCAGGAAGGAAGCUUCACAGUCUGUUGUUUUUAUUUAAUUUUUUUUUCUUCAUCUGGGUUUCUGUUCCGAGUAUAUUUUCUGGUUCUGGUUUUCAAAAUUUGAAUCAGUGAGCUAUUUUAGAUUAGUAAAGUAAAAAUGGGUUUUUGUUAAAAAGCUCGAAAGAUACAAUUUUUUGGGGUUUAAGUGUUAACUAUGGAAGGUAGGGAAGGUGUGAAUAGUAGUGGGGUUACAGUUGUGGGAUCAGAUGCUCCAUCAGACUACCAUGUCGCUCCAAGGUCCGAAAACCCGACCCACAACGCCGGAUCAACACCUCAGGCGCCGGUUGCUCCGCCACAGGCGGCGGCAGGGUCUAUGCCGAUGAAGAAGAAGAGAGGGAGGCCAAGGAAGUAUGGACCGGACGGGAGUGUCACCAUGGCUCUGUCACCGAAGCCCAUAUCGUCCUCUGCACCGCCGCCGCCGCCGGUGAUCGAUUUCUCGGCGGAGAAGCGUGGGAAAGUGAAGCCAAGCUCAGUGAGCAAGACCAAGUACGAGGUGGAGAAUUUAGGUGAAUGGGUUGCAUGCUCAGUCGGUGCUAAUUUUACGCCCCAUAUCAUCACUGUUAACUCCGGCGAGGAUGUCAUGAUGAAGAUUAUAUCCUUUUCUCAACAAGGUCCUCGAGCUAUAUGUGUGCUCUCUGCUAAUGGUGUUAUUUCAAGUGUGACUCUUCGUCAGCCUGAUUCUUCUGGUGGUACAUUGACAUAUGAGGGCCGUUUCGAGAUAUUGUCUUUGUCUGGUUCAUUUAUGCCAAAUGAAACGGGAGGGACAAGAAGCAGAUCAGGUGGGAUGAGCGUUUCUUUGGCAAGUCCAGAUGGGCGUGUUGUAGGUGGUGGAGUGGCCGGUCUGUUAGUAGCUGCAAGUCCUGUGCAGGUUGUAGUAGGCAGUUUUCUAUCGGGAAACCAGCAUGAGCAGAAGCCCAAGAAGCAGAAACACGAUUACAUCUCUAAUGCAACACCAACUAUGGCUGUUCCUAUUUCAAGCGCUGAACCAAAACCAAACUUCUCAUCCUCAACUUCCUUCCGUGGAGAUAAUUGGUCUUCACUGCCAUCGGAUUCAAAAAACAAGACUGACAUUAAUGUAUCGUUGCCAGGAGGCGUAAUGUGAAGAGUGUGCUUUUAAUUGCAAUAUGAGGUUUGUCACUGACCACAUUGGCAAUUAAGCUCCCUAGUCCCAACCGUUGGAUCUCUCACCUGUACUUGUUUGUUGUCUGUAAACUUGUUGACUGCUAGUACCGUCGUGGGGGUUUCCCCCGUUUGAGGUGUUAUUUAAUUUAGCCACGUAGGUAGUCUUCUAGCGCUGCUUAGGUUGCCUGUUGUGACAUCUAGAGUAGCUUGAUCAUGUAAUAUUAGCGUCCGAAUCUGCCGUGGAUUGAUGUAAUGUGAUUUAAAACUUGUUUGAGACUUAUUA